CGAUGGUGUAGCCGUUCGAUCGGAGUCACUAGCCAAGUACCCGGCCCGGCGUGACGUUUAGGUUCGAUAUCCGCCCUGGCCUGGUGUCACUACGAUACGCACCACGGUGAAACGUGUACGUGCAUCGCGGGGUCCUCAGCAAAGCAGGCGAAAAACCCGGGCAAGCAAUUUUUAUGGGAAAACUUAUCCCACACAGCCACUUGGUGUUGGUGAUUCUGCCGACGGUGAAACGUCUUCAUCCGAGGGAGGAUAAUUAAUUUGUGCUCGCGGCACCGUGCGUACACUCCGGAACACGAGUUGCUUAAAAUUCUGGCAAUGAUCUUUGGUGAUUUAGUAUGCUGCGUGCAUUUUGUGGUUCUGUUGCAAAGCUGCAUUGGCGCACUGGUGGCACCUCCGACGGUCGGUACCUCCGCCGUUGCAGCACCACUCGUACGACAACCACCGGUACCAGCGGGUGGAGUUCCAGCACCGACAAACCGUAGCGGACGGUACACGGAUACGCUACCCGGAGAGCUGAACGAGUACUGCCGAACGGCACAGGACUGCCGACAGUAUGCUCAUGUUUGUGACACCCGUAAGCAAAGGUGCGACUGUGCCGAAGGAUACCGGCCGGACGAGACGAGUCGAAUGUGUCUCGGGGCGGUCGGCCGUCGAUGUUUGUACGAUAGUCACUGCAUCACGAACGCGUACUGCAAGGGACAAAUGAUCUGUACGUGCAAGCGUGAGUACGGAUUCCUCGCCGACGAUAACUGGGCAUGUCAAGCUUCGUCCGCAAGGCCAUCGGUUCCCAUCAACUCGCCAGUGGCGAUUCUUCUGCUCGCAUCCGGUGCCUCACUGUUGACCACAUGGUGGACCUCUGCACGAAUGCAUACCGCGUGCUUGCUGGGGGAAUAAAUUCAUUUAUCAUGCACUUCUGCAAUGCACCUGUCCUCUGCGGCGAACUGACGUUACACAAUAGAGUACCUUUCUUCCCUCACAAAAAGCAAAACCCUCCUUACACGCUUGCCCAACCGAUAUCUGGACAAUGUUUUCCGGCAAGACACACUGAAACCCAUUUUUAUUCAGCUACUCAACUCACUCCGGGCCGGCGUCUUCGGGUGGGGUAUUGAAAACGGAAUAAAAAUAAAACCCUUUUGCUCAUCGGAACAGUGGAGUUCUUCUUCUGCUGCCAGCAUCGUCUGAUAAAUCUGCAUUGCUGCCCUUACGACGAUACGAGGCAAGCCGCAUCCCCGGGUACAUCACAUCCAAACAAUAUCUCGACGACGACCGAAGGAAGCCGCCGGGUACCGCCAGACCGGAGACCGGUUCCUGAAAUGAAGGCAUCAGCUGUCGAUAAUCCAAUAAAGUGAACUACCACCGCAUCGAACCGUUGGCGGGAACCGUUUGUUCUGCUUGCCUCGGUUCCACCGGCUGUGGCACGUUCAAGAGGCAGACGAGAAAAAGAAUAGCAACGCAUACAACUUCACCAAGAUGGCUGAGGACCUGGAGCUGAAGCAGGAAGUCGAGUGGAGGGUGUUCCGCAGCAUAGAAGAGUAGUGAAUAAAUAUUCCUUUGCUUACAAAUAAAUGUCGAAAUUGGGAGUGGUGGCCGCUGGUGAAUGUGUUUGUUUGCUUCGGCAGAACAAAUGUUGAGUGAACGUGUCCUGGCGCACUUUCUUUGCAUUUGUGGUGGUUCUCAGCGCUCCGGAAGAAAAAUGGAACCCACAGCACGGCUCACAAACACAAAUGGGCGCGCGUGUGGACGAUCUCCGGCAAGCGGAGGGCUGGUUGGCUUCCGGUUUGGCAGAUGCAGAGCGGGUGCAAUGCUGAAAAGUGUUGAUUAUUUCCGUUAAGUCAAUAUUGUUUCAUCUGCUAAUAAUGGUUAAACAUGAAAAGAUUCUUUAUCGAACAGUGUGUUAUUUAAAAAAACUGUGUUUAAAAUUUAAAAGUUUAAUAAACAAAGAAAGGUCUGAUCUGUUAUAUCGAUACGCUGCAAUUGGUGGCGAUUGGGGUAGAAGUGUGCAAAUAAAACCGUUUGAUUAACAUGAGGCUUCCAGGUGCAA